ACGUUUAAAUGCGGGCUCUGGCUGGGGUGGUUGGUCUUCAACGACAAUGGCUUUUAGUUGGUUUUUAAACUUGGUCGUGAGAGGGUAGUAAGCAAAGCAAGCCAGACCUAAAAACGCAAAAAAAGUGAAAAAAUCAAAAAACACCAACAAAACCAAGUGAUAUCUCAGCCCAGUGUUGAAAACCAAAUAGAAAAAUUAAAACGGGAAAUUGGACAAGAAAAAAAGUAAAGCAACAAAUAGAAUUUGAAAUUCAAAUAAAAACACAAGUCCAAAGAUCAAUGAUCAUCAGCAUAAAAUAAAUUGUUAAAAAAAAAGCCAACAAGCGAGGCAUUUUAAAGAAUUUUUGAAAAUUAAAAUAGUAAAAAAAAACAUAAAUCUUAAUUAAAGAAAUUUAAAAUAAAGUGAUUUAAAUAUUUCAAUAACUCUAAAUAUUGAUGAGUGGUACAAGUUCGCCCAACAACUUAAACUCUCCACCCACCUCAACGACCACUAGUAAUUUUGAUUUGGCUUAUCAGCGAUCCUCUAAAGAGAUGAGUGCUAGCGCCGCCGCCUCAGCCGCCGCUAUAGCCUUGGCUUUGGAUCUAAAACCCAAACAUCCCAUCACUGAUACAACUCAGCCUCUCUUGCUGCCGCAUCAAAAUCACCAGCAGCAGCAGCAACAACAGCAGCAACAACAGCAGCAACAACAACAAAAAAUUAAAAAAUUGGUACGACGCAAUGCCUCCGAUAAACUCAAACUCAUCCAGAUGGUCCAUGAUAAUCCCAUCUUAUGGGAUUCACGUCUACCCAAUUUCAAGGGUGCCGAAGAGGAAAAGAAUCGUGCUUGGGAACAGAUUGGCAAAGAGUUUAAUGCGCCCGGCAGGCGGGUGGCGCGUGCGUUUAAAUCUCUGAGAGAAUCUUAUCGCCGCGAACUGGCCCAUGUCAAGUUAAUGGGUAGUAAUUUCAAACCCAAAUGGAGUCUAUACGAUGCCAUGGAUUUUCUAAGAGAUGUUAUACGUGAAAGAAAAGGUGGUUCCCAUGCUGCAGAACACAGUGGUCCUUUGGGUCUCAAUCUCAGUGCCUUGGCACAUCACAUGACCACUACCGUUAACAAUAAUCUCACUAAUAGCAAUAACAACAAUAAUAACUCCACAAAAACCAAUUACAAACAUAAUUCCUUACACUCUUUUAAUGAUUCAGCUUUAAAUCUCUCCAAAUGUUCCUCUUCACUCAAUGUAAGCGGUGAUGAUUAUUAUUAUUUCGUUAAACCAGAAUUGGAUCUAUCCAAUCAAAAUACUAAUCCUAAUGCCAAUACUGCUGUAGUAAAUGGCGGAGGUGGUGGUGCAGCUAAUAAUGCACCCCCUGCUCAUCAAAAUUCUCAACACAAUGACAGUCGUGUUUCCUCAACACGCAAUGAUUCUAGUAAUCAGAAUAAUACCUAUGAUGAUUUGGAUAAUUCUUCUAUGCGCAGUGGUGAAGAUGAAAAUUCCUCGGUACGCAAUACCGCCUUAAGUCAUCAGGGUUCCGAUGAGGUGGAAGAAUUAGAGGCCAUAGAUGCUGAUUUCCCCUAUCCCUUGAUAUUAAACUCUACAUCACCCUCUACCAGUGCUAAUGGUCCUGCCAGCAAACGAAGACGUAAACAUUUACAGAGUACAGGCGAGGAGGAAGAAGACGAUGAGGAUGAAGAUGACUAUGAGGGUCAGAUGUUGCAACAACAUCGCCAUUUAAGAAAUCAACAAAAUCAAGCCGCUGCUGGUCUUAUAGGCGGUAUGGGUGAUAUGAUGCCACCACCACAAACGGUGCGUGAAGUUUUAAAUUCGAAAUUUUGUGGUUUCAUAUCGGCCAAACUGAAUAGUAUGGAAGAUUCUGAGGCCGAUAAUUUAAUGAAUAAAAUACUCAUGUUAUUGGUGCAAACCCAAAUGACUCAAACAGUCAAUAAUGCAGGGCUUAAUGGGGCAGGGCAAAAUGACAGCAAAUGAGUUGAGAGCAGAGGAUGCAGCUUAAUGCCAAAUUUUUUUUUUUUUAAAUGAACAAGAAAAAGUGCCAUAUGUUUUAUAGAUUUUCUUUGUGAUUUUAUUUUUUUUCCAAACAAGAAUUCUUUUUUUUAAACUGGUUUAAAAACAAAAGGGAUUUUUUAACCUUUAGAGAUUAUUAUAAAAAUUAUUUUUCUAAUUUUUUUUCCUCAAAUAAGUUAAAACAUGAAUAAUUUGUGAAUUUGUGUUAAAAGUAUAUUUUAGUUUUUAUAAGUAAUUAGUUUUUAAUUUAUUUAAUUUUUUAUAUAAAACAGAAUUUGAGUAAAAGAAUAUUUUAUAUCUAAACAUUUAUCUUAAAAUAUUGCCUUGAGUUCUUAAUUAAAUAUUUUUAUAUUUUUUCGGGCAACCUAACUUUAACUCUCAUACUCGUUUCUUAAACCUUAAUUCUUAAUUCAUUUAUAAAAUUAUUUCUUUUUUUAUUAUAAACUUAAAAAACAUUUUGAAUUCCUUAUUUUUCUAAAG